AUGAUCUUAGCAGUAGCUGCAUGUGCUGUAGCUGGUGCUGCAGGACUUUCUCAUAUAUUUGAUGAUAAUAAUGAUGAACAACAAGCAACAAAUAUGAAAUAUGAAACAGUUACUGUAUCAUCAACUAUUCCUGAUAAACAAGGUAUUGUUAAAUAUGUUAUACAUCCAUAUUCAUAUAUGUAUUAUCCAUUUAUUAAACAAGAACAAAAUAAAUGUAUUGUUACAUUUAUAAAUAAAUAUAAAUUAAAUCAAUUAAAAUUACCAAUAGAAAAUUAUAAAGAAAAAAUGAAUUAUUCUCUAUUUAAACAAGAUUUUUCUAU